ACAAGGCGAGAGAUGUGUGGCGUAGAUGAAAAUGCAACUUCCUGUUAAGAAAGGGCCUUAACGCAAAGCUGAAGGGGAGAGUGUCUCUGGCACUGCUCUGCUGUCUCAAGACCCAAAAAACAGCUUAAGGAUUUUUUUGGAAGGUGAACACUCACCGGCAACCGGACCGACUGAUUAGACGCAUAAGAACACGACAUAUGGUGUCUUUGAACCCUUGGAUAUGGCGAGAUAUUUUGCACUAGGACCCUUGGUUUUGGUCCUAUGCUUGGUCCUAUGUUCACCAGGAGUCACUCCCACCACGUCAUCAGACACACCUGCAUCUACCACACCUGCAUCUAACCCAGAAGUCAUUCCCACCACGUCACCAGACACACCUGCAUCUACCACACCUGCAUCUAACCCAAAAGUCACAGGCCCCUCAAACUCACCCACCAAUCCAGAAACCUCAAAUUCACUCAAUGAAGGGACCAGUGCUAAAGUGAACCCGACUCUCACAUCAACCUCACCCUCACGCAACCCCUCGCAACAACACACCACAGGCUCCAGUGCUAAAGUGAACCCGACUCUCACAUCAACCUCACCCUCACGCAACCCCUCGCAACAUCACACCACAGGGUCCAGUGCUAAAGUGAACCCGACUCUCACAUCAACCUCACCCUCACGCAACCCCUCGCAACAUCACACCACAGGGUCCAGUGCUAAAGUGAACCCGACUCUCAAAUCAACCUCACCCUCACGCAACCCCUCGCAACAACACACCACAGGGUCCAGUGCUAAAGUGAACCCGAAUCUCACAUCAACCUCACCCUCACGCAACCCCUCACAACAACACACCACAGGGACCAGUGCUAAAGUGAACCCGUCUGUCACAUCAACCUCACCCUCACACAACCCCUCGCAACAACACACCACAGGGACCAGUGCUAAAGUGAACCCGACUCUCACAUCAACCUCACCCUCACACAACCCCUCGCAACAACACACCACAGGGUCCAGUGCUAAAGUGAACCCGACUCUCACAUCAACCUCACCCUCACACAACGACUCGCAACAACACACCACAGGGACCAGUGCUAAAGUGAACCCGACUCUCACAUCAACCUCACCCUCACACAACCCCUCGCAACAACACACCACAGGGACCAGUGCUAAAGUGAACCCGACUCUCACAUCAACCUCACCCUCACACAACCCCUCGCAACAACACACCACAGGGUCCAGUGCUAAAGUGAACCCGACUCUCACAUCAACCUCACCCUCACGCAACCCCUCGCAACAACACACCACAGGGUCCGGUGCUGAACUGAACCCGACUCUCACAUUAACCUCACCCUCACGCAACGACUCGCAACAACACACCACAGGGACCAGUGCUAAAGUGAACCCGACUCUCACAUCAACCUCACCCUCACGCAACCCCUCGCAACAACACACCACAGGGUCCAGUGCUAAAGUGAACCCGACUCACACAUCAACCUCACCCUCACACAACCCCUCGCAACAACACACCACAGGGACCAGUGCUAAAGUGAACCCGACUCUCACAUCAACCUCACCCUCACACAACCCCUCGCAACAACACACCACAGGGUCCGGUGCUGAACUGAACCCGACUCUCACAUUAACCUCACCCUCACACAACGACUCGCAACAACACACCACAGGGACCAGUGCUAAAGUGAACCCGACUGUCACAUCAACCUCACCCUCACACAACCCCUCGCAACAACACACCACAGGGACCAGUGCUAAAGUGAACCCGACUAUCACAUCAACCUCACCCUCACACAACGACUCGCAACAACACACCACAGGGACCAGUGCUAAAGUGAACCCGACUCUCACAUCAACCUCACCCUCACACAACCCCUCGCAACAACACACCACAGGGACCAGUGCUAAAGUGAACCCGACUCUCACAUCAACCUCACCCUCACACAACCCCUCGCAACAACACACCACAGGGUCCAGUGCUAAAGUGAACCCGACUCUCACAUCAACCUCACCCUCACACAACGACUCGCAACAACACACCACAGGGACCAGUGCUAAAGUGAACCCGACUCACACAUCAACCUCACCCUCACACAACCCCUCGCAACAACACACCACAGGGUCCGGUGCUGAACUGAACCCGACUCUCACAUUAACCUCACCCUCACGCAACGACUCGCAACAACACACCACAGGGUCCAGUGCUGAAUUGAAUCCGACUCUCACAUCAACCUCACCCUCACGCAACGACUCGCAACAACAAACCACAGGGACCAGUGCUAAAGUGAACCCGACUCUCACAUUAACCUCACCCUCACGCAACGACUCGCAACAACACACCACAGGGUCCAGUGCUGAAUUGAAUCCGACUCUCACAUCAACCUCACCCUCACGCAACGACUCGCAACAACAAACCACAGGGACCAGUGCUAAAGUGAACCCGACUCUCACAUUAACCUCACCCUCACGCAACGACUCGCAACAACACACCACAGGGUCCGGUGCUGAAUUGAAUCCGACUCUCACAUCAACCUCACCCUCACGCAACGACUCGCAACAACAAACCACAGGGACCAGUGCUAAAGUGAACCCGACUCUCACAUCAACCUCACCCUCACACAACCCCUCGCAACAACAAACCACAGGGAGCGUGGCCACCUUACCUACAAUCACCACCACAAUUCUCACCUCCAGUCAAUCCAACUCAACCUUACCCCCACCCACCACCAGUCUCACCAUGGGUACCACACAAAUCCCAUGUGAAUAUAACGUUACACAGGCUGAGAACGGAUCAAUAGUCCUUGAGUGGAAUAUGAAUGGCACUGUUAAAGAGUACACAAUCAUGUUAACGAAUCAGAAUGAGACUCUGCGUAUAAAGAAGCAUUUGUCUCCCUGUGAAAUUCCGUCUAACCUGUUAAAACCAUGCACUAACUACACCGUCGAAGUGGAGGGCUGUCGGCCUAGUGCUGGAAAUUCUAUUCAUUUUAAUGAUACUGAAAGUGUAAGCCAUUCUGCACCACUUAAGGGUGAACAGAGUGUGUGUUUUAAGGAUGGCAAAUGGAAUCUGUCAAAAUGUGUUAAUAUAACAAAUGAAAAUUCCUGCAAAAAUAUGAACGUUUCCUUUCAACUUGACACAUGCGAGUACACAAUGAACGUCCACAUGCCCCCAGUCAAACCUAAUAUAACUUUCAUUAAAACGAUUCCAACUAAGUUUACGUGGAGUAAAAAACCUGACAAUUGUGAAAAUAGCGCAUUGAAGGUCCAGUGCAUUGACGAUUCCAAUAGAGCUAUAUAUGGUUUGAAUGACAGUGUGUUUUUGGUACCUUCCAAAAUGUACAACUGCACUGGACAAUACACAUAUAACGAUACGUUCAUUGAAAGCAAUCAAAACCAAGUUAACAUCAGUUGUGAUUUUAAAAAUGAAACUAAAGUACUUUUGGUGACCAACGACACAAUUCGGAUCAGUUGGAAAUUUUCCCCUGGAGAUAAUUGCUCUGGGCUUAAAUUUGAUUUUUCAGGCUCUUGUGGAACAGAAAAACACCUAACACCUGACCAAUCCAAUCCCGUAAUCUAUGAAACUAAAGGAUUACGUGCAUUUCACGACUACACUUGCACUAUUGAGGCUAAAACAUACAUAUCGAGGAACAAUCCCCUUUUUUAUCGCAUCUCUCAUCACAUAAAAACACUUUCUGGCAAUCCCGGAUUUACAAAGGAUAAAGUAAAGGUACUUCCAAAAUCUCACAAUUCUUUUACUGUGGACUGCAAGGGCUCUUUAAUUGAGUGGAAUGGAGAUCCAGGUCAUUAUAAAGCCCAAAUCAAGAACAAAGGAACAAUUGAACAACAUCGUAAAGCCGAAGAUUGUUCAUUUGAAUUUGAAAAUCUUUACUACCAUACAAAUUAUACUUUUGAGAUUACAGCCAUAAAUGGUAACCAGAACCAGACUACUGUUAUAAUUACCCGAUCCACUAGCUAUAAUGAUAAGGGUGUCAUCGGAUUCUUGACUUUCCUCAUCAUUGUGACGUCACUUGCCCUGCUUUUUGUGUUGUACAAAAUUUUCCUGCUCAGAAGAAAACAGAAACCUGAAGAUGAAGAGAUUCUUCUUACACAACCCCUGCGUCCAGUUGAGCCCAUCUACGCAGACAAUUUAAUCGAAGCUUACAGGACCAAGAUCGCAGAUGAGAGUCGUCUGUUUAUGGAUGAGUUUCAGAGCAUUCCCCGAAUCUUCUCCAAUUACACCGUCAAAGAGGCAAAGAAACCGGAAAACCACUCCAAGAACCGCUACGUUGAUAUUCUGCCUUACGACUAUAAUCGCGUUCCUCUCUUAACUGGAGGAGAACGUGACUACAUCAAUGCCAGCUUUAUCGAGGGAUAUCAAGAGCCAAAGAAAUACAUUGCAGCCCAAGGACCCAAGGAUGAGACUAUUGAGGAUUUCUGGCGAAUGAUUUGGGAGCAAAAGUCAUCCAUUAUUGUCAUGGUCACCCGUUGUGAGGAAGGAAACAAGAUCAAAUGCGCUCAGUACUGGCCAUGUCUGGACAGAGAGACUGAGAUUUUCGAUGAUUUUGUCGUGAAAAUCCGAGCUGAGGAACACUGCCCUGAUUAUAUCAUUCGCUAUCUGGUCCUGGCCAAUAAGCGAGAGAAAGCCCCAGAAAGAGAGGUCACUCAUAUCCAGUUCAUCAGUUGGCCUGACCACGGAGUGCCCGGAGACCCCAGCCUGCUUCUGAAGCUCAGGAGAAGAGUCAACUCCUUCAAGAACUUCUUCAGCGGGCCCAUCGUGGUCCACUGCAGUGCAGGUGUUGGCCGCACAGGAACGUAUAUUGGCAUUGACGCAAUGAUUGAAAGUCUCGAGGCGGAGGGAAGAGUGGACAUCUAUGGAUUUGUAGCGAAACUACGUCGCCAGCGUUGCCUCAUGGUUCAAGUGGAGGCCCAGUACAUUCUGAUCCACACCGGUCUGAUAGAGCACAACCAGUUUGGAGACACAGAGCUCUCAUUGGCUGAAUUCCACUCAGAGCUCAACACCCUCAGACGUAAAGAUGGAAGUGAACCCAGUUUGCUUGAAAUGGAGUUCCAGAGACUCCCCAAAUUUAAAAACUGGAGAACAUUCAACACAGGAAGCAGCGAGGACAACAAGAAGAAAAACCGCUACUCGUCUGUUAUCCCAUAUGACUUUAACCGAGUCCUGUUUAGACUGGACAUUGAGGGCAACCAGACCAGUGACCCUGAGGAUGAGGAAGACUAUUCAUCAGAUGAGGAAGAAGAAUCGAAUGAAUACAUCAACGCUUCAUUCAUUAGUGGCUACUGGUGUCAGAAGAGUCUGAUCGCUGCACAGGGGCCUUUACCAAACACAACAGAGGAGUUCCUGCUCAUGCUGUAUCAGCAACAGGCUAAAACACUGGUCAUGCUCACCAACUGCCAAGAGGACGGCAAGGAUUUUUGCAGUCAGUACUGGGGAGAUGAGAAGAAAGUGUUCGGAGAGAUGGAAAUUGAGGUGAAAAAGACAGAAAGCUUCCCAACAUACGUCAGACGGCACCUGGAACUACAGUCCUCAAAGAAGAAAGAGAUCUUGAAGAUGGAUCAGUACCAGUUCCUGAAAUGGAGAAGUGAACUUCCAGAGAACGCUCAGGAGUUAAUAGAGAUGACGAAGAACAUCAGAGAGAACGGCAAUUACGACAACAGCAGAAUGAACCGGAAUGUCCCUGUAGUGGUGCACUGCAACAACGGAUCGUCGCGCACCGGAAUCUUCUGUGCCUUAUGGAAUCUCAUGGACAACGCAUUGACAGAAAAGUUGGUGGACAUCUUCCAAGAGGUUAAAAACUUGCGCAAGGAGAGGCAGGGAAUGGUGGAAACAUUCGAGCAGUAUCAGUUCCUCUACGCGGCUAUAGAGGGCGCUUUCCCGGUGCAGAACGGCUCUGUAAAGACACCAACUGCAAACGACACCGCGCAGAUCGUCAACGAAACGACGGCGCUACUCGUCGAGCCCAGCAGCACUACCGGUGCUGAGGAGAAGAAGGUAGAGGCAGACAGCAAAGACCCAGACAAAGCCCCAGACAGCAAAGACCCAGAUAGCAGUGAACAGCAAGCCUCGGAGAGCAGCACUGCAGCGGCUUCACCAGCAGAGGGAGACAGCGAGAAAACAAUAACAACCGAGGGCACCACCAACGGCCCUGCUGUCACCGUCGAGGUUUAAGGCUCAAACGUUUUCUCAGCAUUUGACACCAAGUGUCUCAAAAAGAUCUUUUUUUUUUUUUUUUUUUUUAACUAGUGGUUAUUAUGCUUUUGAUUUCUUGUUUUACAUUAGAGUUUGACUGUACAUUUGAGAAUUCAGGUCGGAUCCGACGGAUCCGUUACAACGUAAGUUUCUGCCUCAGGUUAAAAAACGUUUUGUAUAAUUAUGCUGUUUGUGUGGAAUCUGUGCAUAUCGAUUAUGUUUAUUCACACGUGUAAAGGUUUUGCUUUAUGAUCUGAUUUUUAGGCUAUCAAAUUGCGUUUUUGAAUGUAUUGUAAAAUAAGACCUUACAAACGAUGUUUUUAUUUUAUUUUAGUGUUGUUUCAAAGCACAAUCUUAUUGCAUCUAACUUACAUGAUAAUGUCAGUGAGCGUUGAAAUUAAGGCAAAGGUUACUUUGCACUACAUGGCUGUCAUCAAACUUAUUUUUCACUGUUUUUCUCAAUCGCUCAACACACGUUUAUUUUUAAGCAGAUGUAACUUAUCGAAAAAUAAUAAAAGAUGGCUUUUACAAUA